AUGAACAGAAUUGGAGUGCACAUCAUCCAGGCGCGUUUACAGAACGGCCACAGAGUUCUGUCGAACACUCCCCACAGAGCUUAUCCGCAAACAAAAGACGGAUAUUCCCCAUCCGCUGCAGAGCAAAGAAGAAAGUCGGACGUUAACCCUGCCACGUAUCCUGGUACGGUAGAGGACAAUGCCUUUUCAAGGAUACCUCUUCAACGACCGAUUGCCAUCCCCCAGCUAGGCAAAGGCCGAGGCGUGCCCUUCCAACGCCUAUACGCGCCGAUCCUCGCGCAGCACGGAAUAUCAGAGCGCGGAUUCAUCGACUUCAUCGACACCCUGAACGUGGUAUCCUCAGCAUCGCCGGCACUGAAAGUCCUCGAUCUUGCAGGCGGCUUCAUCGGCAUGGUCCCUCACCACUGGGCCCAGAUCGCAGCAACCAGCAUGCAGGCCGUCGCCAAGGGCGGCAUUGCGCUCGUCAGCAAGAGCCGGACAGAGACGUUCUUGUCAGAGAGCAACAGGAGCUUCUUUGCCCCGCGGAACCUGCGCGUGCAGCUCGUCUCGACGGAGGAGUUGCUGACGGCAGUCCGAUUUCCGAAGGAUAGGAACAUCAUUGCAUCGCCUUUACAGGAAAACGUCCCACUCGAGCAGCAACCAAGUUUUCACACCCGUCUCCUUCUCGGUCUGAGGGAUUGCGUGAGCGACACGGUAGCCACAAGCUUACCUCCGCGAACAGAGCGAAACCUCCUCGACAAGUUGAGCGCCGACCAGGUAUCUCGCGACAUUCGGAAGGUAGAAAAGAAGGCCCUCAAGGAAAGCCGGAAGGAGGAGAAGAAGAAGCAGAAUAAGAAGCAGAACACAGAGCAGAAACUGGCAGAGAAGCUGCAGUGGAUUUUGGUUGAUGGUCUUUCCACGUAA